CAGUUGUUCAGCCUGGGAAGGGGACUGGUCCCUACUCUUGGAGCUGAUGGUCCCUUCUGAUUGUUACAGCAGCCCUGCAGCAGAAUGAGAUACCCAGGGAAGGUGUGAGGCCCUUUCCCAAAAGAAGGCCUGCCCCAUAGAAGGUAGCUGGCACAGAGCAAAAGGCUGCAGAAGGCACCCCUGCAACAACCAGAUAAGGGCUGAAUUAUUGGUUUAUGGCUCAGUUUAUGUUUCAAAUACGGAGCAGGACUUGAGGGUUGAAAUCCCCAGACCAAGAGUGGGAAAUUCUCAAGGUGCCAGAGGCACCAAACUUAACAGCUAGCCCCUGUCCUAGGCAAUUCCUAGCUUCCUGAAAAAGGACCAGAGGAGGAGGAGGUGUUUUGUUGGGGGCUGAGGGGAAAAGGGGAGUGAGGGCUGGAUAUGGAUUAGGAGAGAAGGGACAGAAGGAGAUGGGAGGUUGGUGCUUUAGCAAGAAGAUGGGAUGCGGAGGGUGGAGAGGUUAUUGAAAGCGGUAUUACUGGACCUGGGUGGGGAAGAGGGAUGUUUCUCCAGGCCCACAGUGGAGAGAGGCUGGAAUUUGAAUAGAACAAAAGAGGCAAUUGAUCUCUUGAGUCUGAAGUCUCAAUAAGCCAGGAACUGAGUCUGGAAACCCCAAGCCCCUUUUGGCAAGAGGCUGGCGUUUCUGGGACAGGACUAGACAAAAACAGGAAGAUUUAUUGGGUCUUUUACCUGUUCAAUAGCAGCAAUCUGGCACCAAAGACAUUUCACCUUCCCUCAUCUGCCCUCCUUAUCCACCCACUCCCUGUCUCAUCUUCCUAGGGAAAGCAGCCCCCACCUCAGCAUCCCCAAGGCAUUCCCAAGAACACCAAACAGGGCCUUUACCAGCUUCUCUGAAUAUGACUGGCCCCAGCCAAGAAGCCUCCUCAGCCAGAAGGGCCUGCUUUAGGGAUCCACUCCCAUCAAUUCCUCCUGAUAAAAUAAGCAGGCUAGGGCAGGAAACGGGGAGGGGGAAAUGAAGGCAAGUUAGUGCUGGCUUGCCCUCUGCUCCCAUAGGACCAACUACUCCAUCAUAAUUUUGUGUGUUAGUGUGAUUGUGUGAUGGGAUGAUUGUGAAAACACAACUGUGUGGGAGUGGGACUUUGAGUAUAACUGGGGCUGUAUAAUUCUGUCAAUGGCUGUCUGACCAUGUGAGGGUGAUCGAGUGACUGAGGUAUAACUGAAUGUGUAACUAUGGGUAGGUGAGUGUGAAUGUCCAUCAUUGGAUGCCUCUGAGGAUCCUGGGCUUCCCUUGCUCAGUUACUGGACCAUCAGUCCUCAGUCAUGCACCACCCCUCUCCUCAGCUUCUCUGCCCAGCACUUAUGAGCCUAUGGGAAAUGGCACUCCUAGAAAAAGAGGGGGUCUAUGGCACGGGUCUGGGGCAGGAGUGUCACAGAAUAAGCCAUACAUCUUUACCUGCCUCUGACUCACCUGGUGCCCCAGGUAAAAAGUACCCAAAUAAAAGGUAAGGGAGAAGGAGGAAAGAGAAGAAAGUAUCCAGGCUGAGCAGCAUGAAGGGGCCCUCACCCACCAUCAGCCUCCUGCUGCUACUGUUGCUUCUGAGCCCAGACCCUGGAGCAGCAGUGCUACUGCCACCCAGCACUACCUGCUGUACUCAGCUCUACCGACAGCUGCUUUCAAACAAGCUACUGAGGAAAGUCAUCCAGGUGGAACUGCAGGAGGCUGAUGGGGACUGUCACCUACAGGCUUUUGUGCUUCACCUGUCUCAACGCGUCUGUAUCCACGCCAAGAACCUCAGCCUGGCUUGGUGGUUUGAGCGCCAAGGGAGAAGACUCCAGGGGACUUUGCCCAACCUGAAUUUUGGGCUGAUAGAGAAAAUGGGCCAGGGACCCCAGUAGC